GCGGGUGGGAAGGAGGGAAGUAAGGAGGGAAGCGGAGACGAUGCCGGGUCUCUUCCUGGAAACCCCUUCUCUGCCGGGCGAGGGAGAGGCGCUGGCUGCUGCUGUUGUGGAGAAGUCCCGUUUCCUGGAAGGAGAGGCGCUCCGGAGGAAGCCGCCAGUAUGAAUGUUGGGGUAGCUCACAGCGAAGUGAAUCCCAACACGCGAGUGAUGAACAGCCGCGGCAUCUGGCUGGCCUACAGUAUUUCAGUGGCAGUCCUCCACAUCAUCCUUCUCAGCAUCCCCUUCUUCAGUGUUCCUGUGGUCUGGACUCUGACCAACGUCAUCCAUAACCUGGCAAUGUAUUGGCUCCUGCACACAGUAAAAGGGACCCCCUUUGAAACGCCCGACCAGGGCAAGGAUCGCCUCCUCACACACUGGGAGCAGAUUGAUUAUGGGACACAGUGGACAUCCUCACGCAAAUUCCUAAGCAUCUCACCAAUUGUGCUAUACAUUUUGACCAGCUUUUAUACAAAGUAUGACCCUGUGCACUUUGUAAUCAACACAACCUCCUUGUUGAGUGUCCUUUUGCCCAAACUGCCCCUGUUCCAUGGCGUCCGCAUAUUUGGCAUCAACAAAUACUGAAGCAACUAUUGAGCAUUGCACUAGAGACUGAAUUCCUCCAGCGAAAAGCUGCUCAUCACUCCAAAGGUCCUCGUGGCAAAGUAUAGAUCACUCUUUGUGAAGCUCUAUUGAACUAUGCAUAAUGGAGUGGGGCAGAGAGAGAACUAUAGCUGCCCACAAGAACUUGAGCUGUCCUUAUCUAUUUAUUUCAUGCAAGGAGAUUUAAACAAUUCUCUUUGUGGCUACUCUGUGACUUUUCGAACGGAAUGAAAAAAUAAUUAAGGUGUCAGGAGGACAGUUUCUCCUGCAAGAUUUUUACUUGAGUUGCUUGUGAUUGGUGAAUUAAAUCAGCUUUUUUGGUGUGUGGGGGGGGGGGGGAGGGGGGGUUUGUUGUAACAUUUUUAUUUUUAGACAUUCCCAUUUCAAACAAUAUUUUUUUGGAAGCACCUCUGAAUCACCUCUUGUGAAAAGUCAACUGUUAUAUACUGUGAUGUUUCUAAGUUGUUCAAAUUACAUAUGUCUAUCAUGCUCCUGAAGUUAUAAUUUUGUAAAAAUAUAUCUGCUUUAAGAGGAAUAUUCCUGUUAUUGUUAAAGGAUAUAUACUAUAUAGCAUUUUGCUUCACUGAAUAUUUUAAAAAUAGCCCUUCUGAUUAAAAAGGAAAAGUGUAAAAUCAUUUUAGUAAUGAAAGAUAAGAAUUAAAACACAACUUUUGCCCUUGC